CUCCCUCUGCUGUUAUUACUGAGAAGUUCUUCAGCAAUGGGAAAUCAUGUACUAGCAGCUUCGAUUUCCAUGCUCUCCCUUCUUGCAAUAAUGGGAGACACAGACAGUAAAACGGACAGUUCGUUCAUGAUUGACUCAGACCCAGGUCGCUGUAUGAGGCAUCAUUAUGUUGAUUCCAUCAGUCAUCCAUUGUACAAGUGUAACUCAAAGAUGGUGCUGCUGGCUCGUUGCGAGGGACGCUGCAGUCAGACAUCACGCUCUGAGCCGAUGGUCUCCUUCAGCACAGUCCUAAAACAACCAUUCCGUUCUACCUGCCACUGUUGCCGGCCCCAGACCUCCAAGCUAAAAGCAAUGAGGUUGCGCUGCUCAGGUGGCAUGAGGCUCACUGCUACCUACCGCUACAUCCUAUCCUGCCAUUGUGAAGAGUGCAACUCCUAGGGGGGACACCAGAUGCAAUGAGGAGAGGCGGGACACUGCUCCCAGAAAGCAACCCCAGCCACUGAGAACUCACCAGCACGCUAUUAAAGUAUUCCUACUACCAGGGCUCAUCAAGCUGGGUUGGAUUUGAGAGGUAGAAAAUGAAAGACACUGAGACCCUGAAUUGUGCUGAUUGUGAAAACAAAGACAUCCAUCUGCUGGUCUGUGCUGAAGACAAAAUCCUGGAGACAUGAACCCUUUUUUCCCCCUGAAAGGAUACUUUGGGAGGUAUAUUUUCAGGCUCAGCCUUUCUUCUGCUCUGAAUAAGGACUGAUGGGAGUUUUAUUUUUUUUGCCGGUGAACAAUAAAGACACACAGAGAACAAAGGGGGUCCAUCUGCUGGAGAUACUAUAUUCUACAAGAGUUGACAUUGGGAAGCAGGAUGGCUCCAUUCCUGCAUAUGACUGCUUAUUGUGUCAUUUUAUUAUAUUGCCCUUCAAAAUGAACUGCGUUGAUGGUAAGGGAUAUAUGUUACUUGAUCUGGCAGACAAGUUCUGGACAAUUUUAACUGUGGUUUAGCUGAAAUUACAAAUAAAUAAUUGAAAAGUGAACUGGAUAGCAAACGAAGCAUGGGAAUUGUCCAGUUCUAAAUGGUUCAAAU